GUCGAUUGGUGCAGUGGUUUACUUCGUGGAAAACUUUCAUCAGAUUGCGGUGAAUCGAGAGCGAGUGCAUUAACGUCUCAGUCAAAGCCAAAGGCAUGGGUCCACUUUGCAAAUUUUGUUGGAGAGGAUUGAUAUUGACACAAGUUAGCAGCAAUAAUGUACAAGGCUUUGUCAUUCAGUUUCAUGCCUUGCAAAACUGUUUUGCAGCCUAGAGCUAGUAUUGCAUCGCGGGACAAUGAAAAUGCUGUCAGUUAUCGAACAAAAGUUGCUCGCAAUCCAUCCAUGGAAAGGCUGCAGAAUAACUAUUUGUUCCCUGAGAUAUCCGAACGCGAAAUCCAGCAUAUGAAAAAGUAUCCCAAUGCAAAGGUUAUAAGUCUUGGCAUCGGUGACACUACACAGCCCCUACCAGAUGUCGUGGCUUCGAGCAUGGCUGAUUAUGCGUAUGGACUUUCGACGCUUAAAGGCUAUCGGGGUUAUGGAGCUGAGCAAGGGAGCACGGAGCUAAGAAAAGCAAUAGCAGAAACAUUUUACAAAGACAUGGGCAUACAGGACACAGAAGUGUUUGUAUCUGAUGGCGCGCAAUGCGAUAUCUCUCGCCUGCAGCUGCUCUUUGGAUCGAACAUGUCCAUAGCAACUCAAGAUCCAAUUUUUCCGGCCUACAUAGAUUCAAGCGUCAUAAUUGGACAGACCGGGGAUGUCGAAAAGGAUUCCGGGAGGUACCAAAAUAUAGAAUACAUGAAAUGCGAACCUCAGAAUAAUUUCUUCCCAGACUUCUCAAAAGUCGCAAGAACCGACAUUAUUUUCCUGUGCUCUCCCAACAAUCCCACUGGGCACGCUGCCUCCAGGGAGCAGUUACACGAGCUUAUUCGAUUUGCACAGAGAAAUGGCUCUAUCAUCGUAUAUGACUCUGCCUAUGCAGGCUAUAUCACCGAUGGUAGUCCUCGAUCCAUAUAUGAAAUUCCCGGCGCCAAAAAGGUUGCUAUAGAAGUCUCAUCAUUUUCCAAGUUUGUUGGAUUCACCGGGGUUCGUCUUGGUUGGACUGUCAUCCCCAAGGAGCUGUUGUAUUCGAACGGGUUUCCUGUUAUUCACGACUUCAAUCGUAUUGCAUGUACCUGCUUUAAUGGUGCCUCCAGAAUAGCCCAGGCUGGUGGGCUUGCUAGCUUGACGGGCGAGGGCUUCAAGGGCGUGCUGUCUCUCGUCAAUUACUACCAGGAGAACGCAAAAAUACUGCUCGAAACUUUUAAACUGCUCGGAUUGAAGGCCUAUGGUGGCGUAAAUGCGCCAUAUCUCUGGGUACACUUUCCAGGUUCCAAUUCAUGGGAUGUGUUCAAUGAAAUUCUUGAGAAAACACACAUAAUUACCGUCCCGGGGAGUGGAUUUGGCCCGGCUGGGAAGGAGUUCAUCAGGGUAACUGCUUUCGGCCGCCGGGAAAACAUUCUGGAAGCUACAAAGAGGCUGACAGGCCUUCUCUGAUACAGACAAAGAAGAAUUCAUGGAUUCCUGGAUUCCCAUGGAUAACAAUGCCCCAACUAUAGGCAGGAAGUAGAAAUAAACUAUAGGAUCUAUCUUUUGCAUGUAAUAAUGUAGCAAUUAAGGAAUAAACAAUGGGGAUGAGAUUAUGUAGUUUUAGGCCAACACUAAGUUGGGACUUUUCAGCAAAAAUAUUUGAAUCUACUAUAAGAAUAAGGGAGUAAUAAAUAAAUGUGAUUAAAUCUUGGAUUUGAAAUGUAAGAAAAUAUGUUAUCCUG